AUGAAUGACGAGGAUCUACACAGCGAGGAAGAUGGCGAAGAUGACGAAGAUGACGAAGAUGGCGACAGUGCCGGAUUUCUGGGCAGAUCCAGCGACGCGCUGGCAAAGUCUCUGCUGGACACGCAAGUGAGCAACGAGCUCAACCUGCUGAAGUCCGAGGUGAAGAGAUUGCGCUCCAAGGUCCAAAGCCUUCAGCGCGAAAAAGAUGACAUGGUGGACAACUUCCGCUCGACGACGCAGAUCCUGCUGAAUCGCAUCAAGGAGCUUGAGGCAGGCGAUGCCCCAAGCCGUCCGCAGACAGCGGCCGUGAUCGAUCGGAUUGAGGCGCGGCCACCUCGACCUGCCAGCCGAGGUGUUUUGGCGCGGCCCGAGGUGAUGAGCCUCGAGGACUCCUCAAAAGGUGACUCGGCGUGUGGCAAUUGUGGCCGUGACAUCCCGUCAAACAACCUGGUCUCUCACAGCGUCUUCUGCUACCGCAAUAACUACAGAUGCCCAGCGUGUGGGGAUGUUAUUGCUGUUCGGGACAAGGAAAGCCAUAUGGAUCAGUGGACUGAUGCUGCACGCUUGAUGGAUGCUAUAUGGCGGAGUGAUUCUGACAUGAUCCAGUCCAUGGCUGCGCAUGGGAUGGACUUCACCACCGCCGUCCAUCCAGAGACUCAGGACACCGUCCUUCACGCAUCAGCUGGGCUCGGGGAUGUCGAGCUCAUCAGCUUCUUCAUGGGUUAUGGUGUUGAGGUGGACCCUGUCAACGGGCAGAAUUCCACCCCUUUACACAUUGCUGCUGAAGGCACCCAGAUCCCGGCCAUGAAGCUACUGGUUGAGUUAGGGGCUGAUCUCAAUGUGCGGAAUGGUGCUGGAGAGACUCCCUUGAUUCUUGUGUGCAGACGCGGCCAUGCUGAGGCAGCCAAGUUUCUACUGGAGAUGCGAGCGGAUGCAGAGGCAGGUACCAAGCUUGGAGAUACUCCUUUGCAGAUUGCGCAGCGCUUGGGCUUCCAGGACACUGUACAUGCUCUGUGCUCUGCGGGUGCUCCUUUGCGCCCUGGCACUCCCAGCCGUGCAAGGAGUGCAUCUCCAAUGCCACCAAGACCUAAAUCCAGUUCUUCCUCCCCGAGGGCAGAUGGUGCCGUCGCUUUUCCCGUCGGCUAUCCGCCGGCACCUCGGAGAGGUGCUCCACCUGUGCCGACCCAGCCACGGAUGGUGCCGCGGCCGUGA